ACUAGAAAAGGCUCUUGCAGUCUUAAGUAAACAAAUACACAAUAGUUUGAAAGUAUUAUAUUUGUCUAUUUUCGUGCUCAAAACCUGCUGGUGUAAUAAUUAUAUACACGUAAAAACAAUUCAGUUGUAUCAUGAAUUUUUUAUUAGUACAGUUAAUAUGGAAACAGCGUAGAUAAAAACAUUUCUAGAUGUUUAUCAACUUGUCACAAAGUCUUGCCUGAACCUAAAUUCGACAGUUACCAGAAAGUACUUACAGACAGUGCCACAUCUUUAAAGAGCCGAACACUUGAGUUUCGAGGAAUGAACUUCGAGGAAAAGGAAGCUGGCUUCAGCUACACGGAAAAGUUGGGGUUUGAUGAAGAUUUGUCGACGGACAGAUUGACCCAGUCUUGGAAUGGUUUUACCAACACCGACUCCAGGAAUAGUCAUGAACUGCAAGCUCGUAGUUUUGACAAGAAAAGCAACGCAUUUUCAAAAAAUUCCAUGCGAAAUCAGCACUCAAAAAGUUUCGAAGCAGCGGAGAGGAAAUUGUUAAAAAUGCCAAAAACUUUCCCCGGAGUAAAAAUCACAGAAGUGGCAGAGAAAAGCGAGGAACCUCAGCCGCCACCAGAGAAGGUAGAAACCGAAAGUCGAUAUGAGGCAAAAAUGACCUUAGACGACAUCGAAAAGGUCCUAAAUUCCGGAAGGGGACGAAACUCCGGGGUAAAAAGCCGCAGGGAGGAGAAACUUCCCAGACUUAAAGUAACAAAAGCGAAACCCGAAGUUUCGAAUGAGGGCAAAUCGGGCAACAUCAACCCGCAAGGGGCUUCGCAUGCCUUCAAUUGUGCCAGAAUGCUGACAGAGCUAAACGAGGUUUGCUCCUUGAAAACUACGGGUGUUGCAGGCGAUCAGAAAAGCGAUGAGAAUCUCUUACCACUAAGAAGAGUUCAUGAAGCCAGGCGAAACAGUGCUUUCACACCAAGAGAGAGACCACAUCAUCACAGAUGUCGAAGUCUUCCUAAUUUGAGCACACAUGAACUCCCGAAGCGGUUUUUCGUGAAGUUAGAUCCGCUACGAGCAUCGGCGACGCCCGUUAAUCUAAGUUCCUGGAAUGAGACUUCGCGACGUUGUCGAGUCUUGUCGGAAAACUUCGAUAAACUGGAUCAACUGGGAAUCGAACCGAGUGAGAAGGAAAGAAAAGCCCUGAUUGGUCAAUGGAUAAGAGAGACCAGCCAAUUGGAUUUCCGGGAUAGUCAUGUGACCACAGAAGUUGAGAUAUGACCACUGACCUGGUUAUAUAACCACGCUUCAAAUCUUAGUCAAAGACAAAUAACUUGUCGAAUUAUGCGGAGCGCGAGUCAUUUCGUAACAUAUGUAGUACGACUAAAAAAACCAAUUUAGACUACAGCAGAUGCAUUUCCUUCGUUUAAUUUGGAGGGUGAGAUUUUUUACAAUAUUAAAUACCAUAAAUUACAUUUCCUGACCUUUAAGUCUCCCUUAGUGGGCGGAUCCCUCUUAGUGGGCGGAUCCCUCUUAGUGGGCGGUCCUGCACCUGAAUGUAUUGCUGUUCGAAAACUUUUAAAUAAACGAACUGUGGUUAA